AUUAGUGACCGGUCAAGAGGUGAAUAUAAUCGUUCCCUCUAUCGUUCUGAGAAAGUAGUAUACCAAGAAGAUGAAGGAAAGACUGAUAAGCACAGAAGAAAGAAAGAAAAAAAACCCAUAUAUUUAUCAUUCAGUAGUCAUUAAGUGCGUCAGUUCUCUCUUGCCAUCGUAAGACUAACGUUGGUUCUACGCACAAGAAAUGGAAAUCCGAAUUUUGCUGUCUCUCUUACUCAUAACGCUCCUUGUAACAAAUGAUGUAAAUGCAGCGAGACAUUCUUCAGGUCAUUCACGAGGUGGAUCAAGAGGUCGUUCUUCAAGUCAUUCUUCAGGCUCAAGAUGGAGUUCUGGAAGUUCAUCUGGCGGACACACAAGCUCACAUUCUUUUGGACAUGGAACUUCGUCGGGCGGGCAUACGACAGGAUCACGCCCGUUCGGAGGCUCAUCAAGUAGUGGACACACGACGGGAUCACACUCUUUCGGACAUGAAAGUUCGUCAGGAGGACACAUGACGGGAUCAAAUCCGACUAGACACGGAACUACGUCGAGUCAAACUUCGCAUCAGCAAAAUAAGGAUUCGUCCACGUCUCUUUUACAUGCUGAAGGAGGAGGCCUUACUCGACCCCAAACUUAUCCUGGAAGCCAAACAGGAAAAACAGGUGUUACGAACGACAUGAGACAAAAUUCUGCACCAAAACCAUCAGCGCCGCAUAAUCCGUCUGCACCAUACAAUCCUUCAGCGCCGCAUAAUCCGUCUGCACCAAAACCAUCAGCGCCGCAUAAUCCGUCUGCACCAUACAAUCCUUCAGCGUCGCAUAAUCCGUCUGCACCAUACAAUCCUUCAGCACCGUAUAAUCCGUCUGCACCAUACAAUCCUUCAGCGCCGUAUAAUCCAUCAGCACCGCCCGCUGCUCCGAAAUCUACUGUGCCUUUGCAAAACCAUGCUCCGACCUCUUUCGGUCAGCCGAGCGCGCCUUCCAAUCCUUCCUGGAGUAAUCCACACUUCAAUCCGAACCAACCGCAUCCACCAAAUCCGGCUUCCAGCAAUAUCGGAUUCAGGGAUCAUCUACGUCCAACGUCGAUGCCGAUGCCCCAGCAAGGUGCUCCCUACCCGCGUCCUCCGUAUCCCACUCACCCCAAUUCGUAUCCCUCUUCUCAUCCUAUCAGUCAUACGAAUCAACCUCAUUUCACGCACAAUCCCAGCCAAACGAUCGGGCAUCCCUCCAGUUAUCCAGCGCAUAUUCCACCACCUGUACCAGGCACGUUUGGCAAUCCUUAUUCCACUCACCCUGUUGGCGUAGGAUACGGACAUGGUUCACCUGCACAUAGUUAUUAUCCUCAGCAACACUUUCUGUCGCAACCAGCGGCACAACCGUACAUACCUGGCCAAACGGUCAUAAUGGUUCCCGGUCAGCAAAACAGUGGCAGAGGCUUCGGUCAGAUGGUGAAGGAGGCACUCGUCUUCUCCACCGUUAACGCCGGCGUGAAUAGACUAUUGAACCCCCAUCAUCAUCACUACAUGCACGACCACUAUAGCAGACCAGUGGACAGUAGCAGUGGCUCUACAAGUGAAACGCAUAUCACUUAUAAUAAUCACUAUUUUAACAGUGCUCCAGAUCAGUCUCCUCCGGUACCGGCUUCACCGUAUGGUCCAUCCCAGGGAAAUGUCCCUGGCACGUAUCCCAGUUAUCCAAGUCCGGUGAACAAUCCAGUCAUCACUCCAGGUGUAUCGACGCCGAUGAUUGUCGGAAACAACAAUAGCGCGAUAUACCCAAAUGCUCCUCCCUCGGGUAAUCCUUCCACAGCGGGCGUAAGUAACAAUAUGAACGGUCCUCCGGUUACAUCUUCUAAUGGAGCUACUGGCAACGCAAAGAACAAUCAAGGAGCAGCUGUCUACUUCCCGCAGUACACGGUAUCUGAUAACGAUCUGUGGACGUUAACCGAAGAACUGUUCGCGAAGCAAGAAGUCGAUAUAUCCAAAUACUUGACAUUAUAUCUGCAAAGCAAAUCUGAAAACGCGACGGAUGCAGCUACCGUGCCAUUAUUUUUCGCGCAGCAAGAGGUGUACAAUUACCCGACGAUCUUGACUAUUCGAGCACUCUACGACAAUUACGAACACAAUUCUACGAUAAAGGAAACACAUAGCUCCGAAAAGAGGAAGGAGCAAGAUCUCCUGUUGGACGUGUUCCUGAACACGAAUGUGAUGGCCCGAGCUAUGCAGUGGCUGGCGGAUCGCGGUUUCAUCAACCCGGAUGAUUUCGAAAGGAAAGAAACUCUGCGGCAUAUCUGGUUCAGUCAAUUCGACGGUGCCACAUCGGGAUUCGAACGAGUGUUUACAUCCGAAAGAUACGGCCAGGAUCUUCUUGGUGUGCAGGACUGGAUUUAUUUUAAUUAUCAAGAAUCGAAGAACCGUAUCAAGUACAUGGGAUACGUCGACAAGUUGCAGUUUGGUGACAAUGCUUCAUUGUUGAAGCUAAACUUUAAAAUGGACGAUAUUGUUAGACCAAACGCGACGAUAUUUGUUGGUACACUUCCUGAACUGGAAAUGUCCUUGUACACAAUAUGCUUUUACGUCAGAUCAAACGAUUUGUGUCCCAUUUCUCUUGGUGGAGCCAAGUUCCAUAUUUUCACUCAUUCAUUCAGAUACUAUGGAAAAGACCUCAUAGAUCUUGCACUUCCUAUUUUCUGAUUCCAUGUAGUAAAAUAUUAAGUAUUCCAAUAUGAUAAAAAAGAAACUAGAAUAAGAAUAAAAUAUAGAUUUGAUUUUAACGAAAAGAAAAUUUAUUGUACUUGAUAGUGAUAUACAAGUUGGGAUUACAUAUUAUACUGUUAUCUCCUUAUAUAUAUAAACAGAAAUAAAUGUAUUAAUUCUCUUGAUUAAAUAAACUGUGGUUCGCGUACAUACGCGAAAUUUUUAAAAAAUAA